AGGAUUACCCCAAUGGGACAUGGCUCGGAGAUGAAAAUAAUCCUGAGAUGCGGGUCCGUUGCCCCAUCACCCCUGCUGACAUGCUGCACAUCAGCACGAACUGCCGCACAGCCGAGAAGAUGGCACUGACAUUGCUUGAUUACCUCUUCCAUCGGGAAAUCCAGGCCAUCUCCAACCUUUCGGGCCAGGGGAAGCACGGGAAGAAGCAACUUGAUCCCCUCAUGAUUUAUGGAAUUCGCUGUCACCUGUUUUACAAAUUUGGAAUCACCGAAUCUGACUGGUACCGAAUCAAGCAAAGCAUAGACUCCAAAUGCCGAACAGCUUGGCGGCGGAAGCAGCGAGGGCAGAGUCUUGCUGUGAAAAGCUUUUCAAGGCGAACACCUUCAUCAUCGUCUUACAGUGGUUCAGAGGGUUCGCAGAGUUCAGUUUCAGCUGCUAACGAGAUGCAGCAGAACCAGCCGCAGGCGCUGCACUACGCACUAGCCAAUGCUCAGCAGGUCCAGAUCCACCAAAUAGGAGAAGAUGGACAAGUCCAAGUAGGCCAUCUCCACAUAGCCCAGGUUCCUCAAGGCGAGCAAGUCCAAAUCACGCAGGACAGCGAGGGAAACCUGCAGAUACAUCAAGUUCACGUGGGUCAGGAUGGGCAG